UCUUACUGAUAUCCAAAAUGAGAGUUCGUCCGGUGUUAAUGGAGAUGACCGGUGAUGACACUCAAGUUUUCAUCAAUGAUAGUAGUGAAACAAUUGAGGUAACGAGUGUUUGUUGUCAUAAAUUUAAAAUAGAACUCAGAUCAGCACAAAAAACUAUUGAACUGCUACACGCCCAAUCGUACCCUCCAGAAGAGAUACUGUCCAACAUCAAGAUUGAGCCCGACGACAGCGAACUGGAGCUACAGAUAGCCCUCAAGAAAGCAUGCAGACUGAAGCUGCAGGAGACUGUUACAGAAUUAAAGAACAGUGUAGGAAAGGUGGCAGAGUCAGUAUUGAAGAGAAACUCAGAAGGAAACAUGGAAGGUGGUUCCAGUGUGCUGAAUGCUACAGCAGAAUUCUGCUGUACGUUGGGUGACAUCCCCAUUUAUGGUCUGGCUGACAACUGAUGA